AUGGCUCACUAUUACUUUUUCCUUUGUACCCUCCUUACCUUGUCAUUAUCUUUUUAUGGAACAUCCGCCGUGAACUACCAAGUAACUAACUUUGCUGAGAAAACGCCUGGCGGAAUCCGUUUCACCAAAGAAAUCGGAAUUCCCUUCACAAAGACACUAAUGGGUACCAUUAACAACUACAUAUGGACCACCAUCUUGCAACAAAGCGACCCUGCUGACCGAAAGCCUGUGCCGACUGUGAACAUUUAUAUCGUAGACUUCAAAGGAGCCGAAGCAAUCACUUGGGGUGAUAAUAUUAAUGGUAAAGCUCCUACAGGCUUGGUAGAAGGGGUGGCAGACUAUACGAUUUUAAAAGCAAAUUAUUUCCCACCCGCUUUUGCAAAACCAGGAACUGGUAAUAAAUGGGACCAGGGGUAUGAUUUCACAGCUCGUUUUCUCGAGUAUUGUGAUGGGAUUACCCCAGGGUUUGUGGCAAAGCUAAACAAAAAGAUGAGGAAAACUUUUGACGUCAAGUUUUUUCAAGAGUUGACAGGAAAGCCCUUGGAUACACUAUGGAAGAACUACAAGGCUAAAUAUGGGAAUAUAAAACAUGGUGAUGACAUAACUGAAUUUGUUAAUUGA